CGCGCGAGGAAGGCGGCGGGCGUCGGCCGCGAGGAAGAAGAGGACAUCCUUGACGUGCUUCUGGACGGCGGCGGCGGUGCGCCUAUGGACAUCCCGACCAUCCGUGCCGUGAUAAGGGACCUCAUCGGGGCCGGUAGCGAGACCUCCGCGUCGACGCUGCAGUGGGCCAUGGCGGAGCUGAUGCGGAACCCGGCGGCGCUCAGGAGGGCGCAGGCGGAGGUGCGCGGCGCGCGAGCCGGGCAGAGCCGUGUCGGGGAGGAGUCCAUGCAUGAGCUGCCGUACUUGCGGAGGGUGAUCAAGGAGACGCUCCGGCUGCACGCGGUGGGGCCGCUGCUCCUCCCGCGGGAGUGCCGCGAGCCCAGCCGUGUCCUCGGUUAUGACGUGCCGCAGGGCGCAAUGGUGCUGGUCAACGCGUGGGCCAUCGGCCGGGACGAGGCGAGCUGGGGCCCGGACGCCGAGGAGUUCCGGCCGGAGAGGUUCGAGGAGGGGGCCGCCGCGGCGGUGGACUUCCGGGGUGCGGACUUUGAGCUCGUGCCGUUCGGCGCGGGGCGGAGGAUUUGCCCCGGGAUUACGUUCGGGCUCGCCAUCAUAGAGCUCGCGUUGGCGAGCCUCCUCUUCCAUUUCGACUGGGAGCUCCCUGGGGGCACGGAUGAGCUGGACAUGGCGGAGGCGUUCGGGAUCACGGCGAAGAGGAAGAGCGACCUGUGGCUGCAUGCCACCGUCAUCGUGCCACCUAAAUAAGGGCCAGUUCUUUUGAGCUAUCCCGUCGAAAUAAGCUCCGGGUAAGCUUGCUUAAAAAGAAGCUCCAAAUAAUAAGCUAGUCAAUUCUUUUCAGUGCCUAUUUUUAUCUUAUUAUCCGUGGUAUGAUCAAU